CGCAGGAAGAAGCGCUGGAAUAAAUGAGGAGCUAGAGCCUAAGCGAAGAGCGGGCUUUAAAGGGACAGAGACGGGGGGGGGGAGGGGCUCGCCCUCCUUUAGGCUGCGCCCAAGGCUGAAGCUGCAGUGCUCUCUCCGCCGUGUGAUAUGCGCUAGGCAUGGAUUUCACGCUGGGGGCUGCCCCCGCAUCUUGCACUUGCCGCUGACCCGGGGCGCGGGCUCUAAAAGCGAACAAGGAAUCCUCGGGGCGCCCCCGUCUGCCUCCGGGGCGCGCCUUUCAACGCGUGCAGCUGGUGUCUCCUGGGGGAGAGUUUCUCCCGUUUUGUGGUUUCCCCUCGGGGAGGGAGGGAGGGGGGGGGGUGGCUCCGCGCGUUAGCCGGCCGCUCUGACCCUUGCAGGACCCUCCAGCUAGGACGAUCUACCCCGGGCAGGGCUGGGAAGUGUGAGCCCGCGAGGGUGGGGUGUCUUACCGGCGUGCUCUCCAGCCCCUAUGCCCGGCGUGUGAGGCAGGGACGGGUGUCCGUGUGCGUGUGCAAGAGGCAGAGGGAGGGAGGGAGGGAGGGGGGGGGGUGCUGGCAAUGGGCGGGAGAGAAUGAGGCGAGCCCUGCUCCCUUUUCUUUCUGCCAGCACCAUCUCAGCUCAUUGUCUCUAAGCAAUGCAACUUCGCGGACAGCUACCUAGCCAGCCCGGCGCUCCCAUCAUGGACCUACCAGGCUGUGCGCCGCCCGCCCUGUGAGGACGCCUCGCUGCCCUGCCCGGAGGAGGGGGACUCGGAUCUCGUCCCCCAGCCAGCUGCCCCGGAGAGAGAGCAGGGGAGGAAACAGGCGCAGCCCCCCCCCCCCCUUGCGCCCUGAUGCCGGCGCCUAGCCGGAGCGGGAGCAGCCGCUGGCCCCUGCCGAAGAUGCCGGGGCUCGGGCGGCGGGGGGCGCUGCCGGAGCCCGCGGGCUGCUGCUACUGCCUGGCGGCGGCGCUGGCCCUGCUGCUGCUGCUGCUGCCCGCCGGCUGCCCGGUGCGUGCGCAGAACGACACGGAGCCCAUCGUGCUGGAGGGCAAGUGCCUGGUGGUCUGCGACUCCAGCCCCUCGGCGGACGGCGCCAUCACCUCCUCCUUGGGGAUCUCGGUGCGCUCGGGCAGCGCCAAGGUGGCCUUCUCGGCCACCCGGAGCACCAACCACGAGCCGUCGGAGAUGAGCAACCGCACCAUGACCAUCUACUUCGACCAGGUAUUAGUUAAUAUUGGCAACCAUUUUGAUCUUGCUUCCAGUAUAUUUGUAGCACCAAGAAAAGGGAUUUAUAGUUUCAGUUUCCACGUGGUCAAGGUCUAUAACAGACAAACUAUCCAGGUAAGUUUAAUGCAAAACGGCUAUCCAGUGAUUUCAGCUUUUGCAGGGGAUCAAGAUGUCACCAGAGAAGCAGCCAGCAAUGGAGUCUUGCUCCACAUGGAGAGAGAAGACAAAGUGCAUCUCAAACUGGAAAGGGGUAACCUCAUGGGAGGGUGGAAAUACUCAACCUUUUCUGGCUUCUUAGUCUUUCCACUAUAAAGAAAGACCAAAUAGGAGCCAGAUUCCUGAGCUAGAACAAGGAUUGAGUCUUUAAUGACACCCUGAACUUGGCAGAACAUGAUAAUAUUUCCAACAAUGCAGUGAGACUGUCAUGGUAGAAGAAUGAUAACCUUCUAAACUCCAAUAUUUGCUUUGAAUAUUGACAAUUCCUCGGGAAACCUGCGCCUCUAAUUAGUUUUAGACGACAGUGAUCUUUAGGAGAAAUGAAAUUAUCGACCUGAGCAAUUUGUACCUGUGAUUGUAAAGUCAAUUUCGGAUUUUAUUGUUGGGAUCAUUGACUUUUUUUCUUUCUUUCUGUUGUUGUUGUUGUCCUGAUGAGACAAGUAACUCGGACCACACAAUCACUUGUCAAAGGCUCACUCCAGAGCCAGAAGAAUCCACCAUCUGAUGAAGUGUUCUUUCAAUGAUUUUUCUUUGUGUUGUAUAGCCUUAAGAAAAAAAAAAGAAAAAAAUGGCUUCAGUCUCAGUCCUGUAUUUUCUGGGGGAGGGGGAAUUCUGGAUAUUAUUGUGUCAAGAAGUGCUUUAUCCAGUGAAGCAAAAUUUGCACGAUUGGAACCUAUUUUGUUUUGUGUUGUUCAUAUUUUUCAUCAACAACUUAUUUUUGUUUUCUGAUUUUUUGUGCUAAAAAUUGUAAGCUAGAUUGAUCGAUAAGUCAAAACAAAGCACAUAUAUACUUUGUAGCUUCAAGUAAAACUAACCAAUGAACAAUUCUAUCUGCACUUUUCAAAUGAUCUUUACAAAUGCAUUUAGAGAGGGAACUAUGUGAUCCUUGAGUUAUAACCUCAAAUCCGUAAAGAAACUGACAUUUCUGAAUUAUCCUGACAUUUCUAGAAGCAACAGUAGAGGCUUUGAAUAUCUUAUCUGACCACACCCUAAAAUAUAUUAUUUCUUUGUAUUA